AUGGCCACAGUUUUCGCCCCCAAGGCUAGCCAGAUUCUGAUGACCCCGGAGCCGCACUACAUCCCCGGGUAAGUGCAGAGGUUGCAGCCGGCAGAAGAACUUCCUGAGAGCCCAGUGAGUUGUGGCACUGCCCUUUCUCCAGCGUCUCUCUUCCUGCGCGUGAGGAUCAGGCUAUAUACCUGUGUCUCUUCACGCCCUUGCGGGUCUGUGGGGGCGCAGGAGUGCCAACGUGGCCCUGCAACCGUGGGUGCUGGGGGCGCCACGAAGCGUGCAUUGAAAUUUGUGGGUGCCUGGCCCCUUCAUGGAGAGUUUCGUGGGUGCUUGGGCACCCAGGGAGUUGGCACCUAUGUCUAGGUGUGUGGAAUCGGUGCGCAGGUGUCCUGAGCUCUCUCGGCUUCUUCUUGACACCAGGAGAUGGAAAGGGUCCCCUUUGGCAGGAUUUCUGCUCGGUGGGGGAAGGAAUCACAAUGCGCGGGGGCGGGGGGAGCUGGCAGCACAGCAACCCUUCUCUCCCCCCGCCCCCCGUCCCUCGUCCGCGCAGCUCCACCAGGCUGCGCUUCUCUCGCUACCCUCUCUGUGUACAGCAGCUGCUAUAGCAACCCGGCAGGAAACCUGGGGAGGGGAGGGUCACCCAGGAACCGAACAGGAUGCAGGGCUAGAUGGGACCUUGGCCUGAUCCAGCGACAGUCUUGUGUUUUGUUGAUAUUUAGUCGUUUAGUCGUGUCUGCCUCUUCGUGACCCCCUGGACCAGAGCACGCCAGGCACUUCUGUCUUCCACUGCCUCCCGCAGCUUGGUCAAACUUAUGUUCGUAGCUUCGAGAACACUGUCCCACCAUCUCGCCCUCUGUCGUCCCCUUCUCCUUCUGCCCUCCAUCUUUCCCAACAUCAGGGUCUUUUCCGGGCAAUUUUCUCUUCUCGUGAGGUGGCCAAAGUAUUGGAGCCUCAGCUUCAGGAUCUGUCCUUCCAGUGAGCACUCAGGGCUGAUUUCCUUCACAAUGGAGAGGUUUGAUCUUCUUGCAGUCCAAUGGACUCUCAGGAGUCUCCUCCAGCACCAGAAUUCAAAAGCAUCAAUUCUUUGGCAACCAGCUUUCUUUAUGGUCCAGCUUUCACUUCCAUACAUCACUACUGGGAAAACCAGAGCUUGAACUAUACGGACCUUUGUUGGCAAGGUGAUGUCUCUGCUUUUUAAGAUGCUGUCUAGGUUUGUCAUUGCUUUUCUCCCAAGAAGCAGGCGUCUUUUAAUUUCGUGACUGCUGUCACCAUCUGCAGUGAUCAUGGAGCCCAAGAAAGUAAAAUCUCUCACUGCCUCCAUUUCUUCCCCUUCUAUUUGCCAGGAGGUGAUGGGACCAGUGGCCAUGAUCUUCGUUUUUUGAUGUUGAGCUUCAGACCAUAUUUUGCGCUCUCCUCUUUCACCCUCAUUAAAAGGUUCUUUAAUUCCUCCUCACUUUCUGCCAUCAAGGUUGUGUCAUCUGCAUAUCUGAGGUUGUUGAUAUUUCUUCUGGCAGUCUUAAUUCCGGUUUGGGAUUCAUCCAGCCCAGCCUUUCACAUGAUGACUUCUGCAUAUAAGUUAAAUAAGCAGGGAGACAAUAUACAGCCUUGUCGUCCUCCUUUCCCAGUUUUGAACCAAUCAGUUGUUCCAUAUCCAGUUCUAACUGUAGCUUCUUGUCCCACAUACUUGUGUUCCAUGAUUGCUAUGUUCCCUUGCCCCUGACGCUCUCCUGCCCCCCUUGCAGCUAUGGCGGGUACUGCCCCCGUUACAAGUUCAUGCUGGGCCAGACUUAUGGGAAACUGACCUCGCAGCUGCUCACUAGCCCCGAGGCGGAACACUCUGGCCGGCUGCUCCUGCAGCCCAACUGCUCCCCCAGAGACACGGAGGCGCCUCCGGAGCAGAACGAGAGCGGAGGAAAGCUCCCCCUGCUUGGCUGCAGAACCAUCCCAGGUUACACAGGUAAACUCCGGGGAGAGAGCGCGCGCGCAGGAGGUCCCCUCAGUCAGGUCUGGGCUGCAGCAGCGGCUGGCAGGGAGGGGAAGCUCAAAGGGGCCAGAGGCAGAUGGCUGUGGCCCCCGAGGGGAUGGAGGGCAGGCCCUGGAUUACCACCCUGGUCUCCUCUGGGAGGAAGGGUGGGAUGGAAAAACCAGGCAGGAGGUUUCACUGUACUGUUCUUGACUCCUGCUAAAAACGAUUUUUGUUUAGGGCUUAUGCCCACUUAACUCUCCUCUGCACUUUCCCCUCGAAAGCCCUUUACCGCUGAAUCGGAGCAAGGGGUAAGGAGGGCAAAACCCAGAUUUUUGUUGGUUGUGCUUCUGCUUUAAAGAGCGGGUUUUGGCAGGGGAAAUUCCAGGGGGAAACAAAGAACACAGCUUGGACACAGAGCUUUAAAGCACAGAAAUCUCUCUGGUAAGAGUGGGGUUAAAGUUAAGUGGGAAGAAGCCCCGAGAAGAGCCUAGCCAGAUGCUUAGAAAGUUGACGAGUGUAUUAGGGUGGAUCUAAACACAGGAGGAAAACACUAUAAAUAAGUCAGGAAACAGAUCGUUUUAUCAAAAGAAAAACAAAACAAGGAAAACUGUGUUUUAAAAUUUCCUGCUCUCUGGCACCAUCUGGUGUUGCAUGUAUAUAGCACGUUCAAAUACCUGUUUCCCUACUAAUGUAGCCGAGUCCUUAAUCUGUUUUUAGUCCUUUGUAAUUCUGUCGUUAAUUUUUCUCAUUGAUUAUUUUAUUGCUUUAUCUUUUCCGUAAGCCCCUUUGAAGUCGCUGCUUUUGUACAAACAAGGAGUGCGCAAAUUUUAUGAAAUAAGCAGCCCGAGGGCCAGAGAGAGACAAGGGUCAGAGGUGCCAGCAACUCUUCCCGCCCGUAGCUCAGGCUGAAGUCUUGGUCAGUCCCUCACGCAUAUUCAUAGAUAAAGCAAAGCAGAGAAUGGGGCACAUGCUCUGGUCCCCCCCAGAACACUCCCCAAGACCAGGAAAACAUGGCAGGGGCACUGGAGAGCUUCCUUUCUCAGGGGGAAGGUGUGGAGCUCUCUUGCUCACGAGGAGGCUGCAUAUUUUUCUUGAGGCUACUUGUAUCUUGCCCUUAAUCAGCAGGUCUCAGUGGGAGUGUCCGUCUGUCUUGGGAGACAGUAAGAUUAAAUGCUAGGGGCUGUCUCCCUGACUUACUCUGCCUGCCAACCCUGCCAGCUGCUUUGCCCUUCCUCCACACCUGACCCAAGCCCCCUCCUUUUCCAUCUCACCCCCCCACACUCUCCCCCCUUCACCCUAUGCUGCCUGGGCUGUUCAAACGCGUCUUGUGUCCUGGCAGGAUUCAUCCCUCGGGCCCAAAACCACUUUGCCAAGACCUACAGCGAGAUCUGCAAGGAGGCCAGGAGCGAGUUUGCCCGGCAGCUGCUGAGGGGAGCUGGGCAGCGGGAGGCCUGGAAGGCGGCCGGAGGGGAGUCUCCAAAGGACACCAAGCCGGAGUCUCACGUACGUGGCACACCUGAGGGUCAAGCCCUUUCGUGGGCAAGUGUGGCAGCCGGGAGGGGGCACUUACAUGUCACCCAAAAAAACCCUGCAUGAGAUUCGCAUGUGCUAACACUUGUAUGCAGGCACAAAUUUAGAAAGAAGCACCGUCAUGGAUGUUUUGAACUCUACCAGCCCCACACAUCUGGAGGGCCCCAGGUGGGCACCCUCUGGCCUAGACUGACUGGCAUCACCUCUCCAGGUCUCCAAUGGGUCAGGGGGCUGCUGGCUGGUCUUCCAGCACGUGCAUCUUAUUUGCAACUUGGGACCAGUUUACCUAUGAGGUUGCCUCCCCCCCCCCCACAUGCACAAUAAAAGGUGGCUCUUUUCGGGGGGGGUGUUAUUGAGUUAUUGUUCUUAUUUUGAUUUUAUAUAUUGUGAUCUUUUCUGUGAACUGCCCUGAGACCUCCAGGUAUAGGGCGGUAUAUAAAUUCAAUCAAUCAAUCAAUCAAUCAAUCAAUCAAUCAAUCACCCCCCCCAAGUGUCCCUCUUUUCCAGGGACGUCCCCAAUUUAGAGAAGCCAUCCUGGAAUUUGAUCCCAGAAUGUCCCGCUUUUCCUUAGGAUGCCCCUGAUUUUCAUCAGAGAAAUGCUGGAGGGUAUAGACUCGGCCCCUUUGAUUGGCAGAAUGGGCACCACUGCAGGUGGCACAUAAUGCCCGCUCCAUAUUCAUAAGAACUUGACACCUGCACUUUGGAACUCCCUGCCUCUUGAUACCGAGCAGGUGCCUGGUCUGGCCCCUAUGAGGCAUCUGCUGAGAACAUUCUUGUUUAGGCAAGCUUAUUCAGAUGCUUAGAAAGUUGGUGUGCAUUUUAAUCUGUUUUUAGCAUUUUAACUCUCUUGACAGUAUAUUCUUGCAUUCCUCCCCCCCCCAUUUUCUUGGCUUGUCUGUUCAUAAACUGCUUUAAGGCUUUCUUCUUUACGAUCAGGCAGUAUAUAAUUUUUUUAAAAAAUUAGUAAGUGAAUAGAUAAGUGGGUAGCAAGGUCUGGGCCCCCCACAUCCCUCUUGAAUCUGCUAGGGCCAUGUCUGUGAGGCUCCCAGGUUAUCUAUCUGUCUAUCUAUCUAUCUAUCUAUCUAUCUAUCUAUCUAUCUGUCUAUCUAUCUAUCUAUCUAUAUCUAGGGAGGGGCCUUAAAGUCCCCCCUCCUUCCCCGUCUCCUAUGCCUUGGUGUUUCUUUGAAAUGGAAAGUGGCUGCAAAGGGUUUUAAUAAAAUCAGCAAAGAGACGCCUGCCUGGGCCUGACUCUGACCCUCCUGGUGCCCACAGAGCCUCCCCCCCAAGUGCAAGACCCCCCUGGCCGCCGUGUCAAAAGCUGCCGCCCCAUAUGUGUCUUGCUAUGCCUUCCGGCCCCAGGGAUCGCCCUACUCUCUGGAAGACAGCAACCCACAGAGGCACUUCAUCUCAGGUGAGGCUCACCUGCCCCCAUCCAGGCUGAGGAAUCUUCUCCCAAUGCAAGAAGCACCUCUGGCAGAUGUGGGGGUGGGGGUGGGCGGGUUAGGGGUACCUUCCCCUCCAGGUGUAGCGUGACCUUGCUCAUUCUCCUCCACCACCCCCACCUGUUGCUAUUUUCAUCCUUCAAAAAACAGAGCAAGCCCCUGUAAAGUAAAUGGAGCAAUGCUUUUAAGGUCACAUUUAGCCCUUGGAUCAGGGCUGGAUCAGAAUCUCUCUUGGCCUGCACACCUCCAGUUGGACAGGUGGGUGGGGCUGCAAAGGAGGACCUCUGGCCAAAGGGUCCAAGUUCAAAACCUGCUGCCUUGGGCAGGGAUUGGCUGCUCUCGGGGACUCUGACUGGGAGCUCUCAAGUGGAAGGAAACCCCGUGGGGCGGGCAUCUGGUGCCCAAUUUGAAAGGCUCUCUCCUUGCCAAGGAGCAACUGGGAGGAGCCUUCAAGCCCCUCAGCUGAUACUUGGCAACCAGGUGGUUACACACCGGGGUCACAUUUGGCUCCGUUUGUCGGAAGCUCUCCCCAGGGCACCUUCCUUGCAGAUCUUUAGAUGCCAGGUGAAAACUUUCCUCUAGAACAAGGCCUUGGGCUGAUGAAACAAUCCAUGGCCUUUUAAAUAUGACUGGAGAGGUGUAGUCUUUUUAGUUUUCAGUUACAGUUUUGUGUUUUUACGUUGUAAAAUAAUAAUUCUACACCCCACCAGCUCUGGAGGGGGGGUGGGCUUUGGUGGUGGGUCUAAGUCUCUCAACUCCUGCAGCGCAGGCUUCACUGGAUUCAUCCCUCGCGCCCAGUACCUGAUUGGGGCAAGCUACCCAGUCAUCACCCGCCGGGCUCUGGCAGAGUUCGACCGGAUGCGAUGGAGGCAGAGGCAAGGGCCUUCUGGAAGCAGCUGCGAUGCCCAGAAAGGUGGCGAUGCCCUCCCUCCGCUGACAAAGACCUACCCCACAGACACGGGCCUCCUGCCCCACUACAGGGGCUACGUUCCAGGUGAGCUGGGGGGCUGCCCCACCUGUUCACGCUCUUCUCCUCCCUGGGUGCUGCAACCCACGGAGACCUGGCUUGACCGUGGAGACACCUGAGGAAGAGGAGCUGCCACAAAGGCUUGGACCAGUCCAGGGAGGAAAAUUCUUCCAGGGCCGCUGGCCAUGAGGACUAGGCUCUUGCCUCCACAGAGGAGGAGAGGGCUGCUCUUGGGCUCGAAUCCUGCUUGUGGGUUUCCCAUAACGGGCAUCUGGUUGGCCCCUGUGAGAAAGGGAGGGUGGAGUGGAUGCGCCAUUGGCCGGAUCCAGCACUCUCCUUAUGUUCUUAUGGAACCUCACAUCUGCUAGGAUGGGGGGGGGGGGCUUCUUCAAAAUAUGCUCAUUGCAGGGAGAGGUAAACUUUAUAGACCUUUCAAAGCUGUGAUGAGGUGCCCCAAAUGAGGGGUUGAUCUAGGCCAGCUGGCUGUCCCACGGCUGUAUGGCAUUGUUUGGGUGGGGAUACCACCAGUUUGAAAGCACGCCCAAGUGCAAGUAGAUAAAUAGAUACCGCUCUGGCAGGAAGGUAAACGGCGUUUCCAUGCGCUGCUCUGGUUCGCCAGAAGCGGCUUAGUCCUGCUGGCCACAUGACCCGGAAGCUGUACGCCGGCUCCCUCGGCCAAUAAAGUGAGAUGAGAGCCGCAAACCCAGAGUCGGACACGAGUGGGCCUAAUGGUCAGGGGUCCCUUUACCUUUUUAUGGAGUUAUCUGACCCCCGAGCCAUCUGAAGGCAAUCCUGUAUAGGGAAGGUUUUUAAAAUGUUUGAUGUUUUAUUAUGUUUUUAUAUAUGUUGGAAGCUGCCCAGAGUGGCUGGGGCAACCCAGUCAGAUGGAUGGGGUAUAAAUAGUCAAAUUACCCUUAUGGAAUGGUCCCUAUUUUCACUGGAGGCCUGGAGGGCUCUCACCUUCUGCUCCAGCUUCCUGAAAGCCCUUGCCACUCUUCCUCAAAUGCUCUGGUCUGGGGGAAGAGGCAGCGGCGGGCAUGGCAGAGUUGGACGGGACCUCCAAGGCUCAUCCAGCCCAACCCCGAAAGGCAGGAAUCGCAGCGAAGGGGCCCCCUUUCUCCAUUCAGGCCUCAUUGUGUCUCCUUGCAGGUUACAAGUUCCAGUUUGGCCACACCUACGGCCAGCUCACCUUUGACGCCCUGGGCCAGAGCACCCUGGAGAAGCAGGUUCUGGAUGGGCAGCCAUGA